AUGGAUAUGAAAGGGCCCAGAGGAAAUAAGAGUUGUAUCAGGGAGCUGUCCUGGGCAUGCCUACGCGAGUUCCAGUUUUCCCCAGUCUACCUCCUCUCGGUCGGGUUAAAGUGCGCGGGGGGCGCAGUGGGCUUGGGGCCUCCUGGGGCUGCAGAUCUGGAGUCGGGGAGCUUACUGCAAAAUCAGGAAGGAUGCCUCUGGCCCUCGGAGAGCACGGUGUCAGGCAGUGGAAUCCCGGAGCCGCAGGUCUACGCCCCGCCCCGGCCCACUGACCGCCUGGCCGUGUCCGCCUUCGCCCAGCGGGACCGCUUCCACCGCUUCCAGCCCACCUACCCGUACCUGCAGCACGAGAUCGACCUGCCGCCCACCAUCUCGCUGUCGGACGGGGAGGAGCCCCCGCCCUACCAGGGCCCCUGCACCCUCCAGCUGCGGGACCCCGAGCAGCAGCUGGAACUGAACCGGGAGUCGGUGCGCGCGCCCCCAAACAGAACCAUCUUCCACAGCGACCUGAUGGGCAGCGCCGCGCUGGGCGGCCCCUGCCCUCCCAGCAGUAACUCGGGCAUCAGCGCCACGUGCUACGGGGGCGGCGGGCGCAUGGAGGGGCCGCCCCCCACCUACAGCGAGGUCAUCGGCCACUACCCCGGGGCCUCCACCUUCCAGCACCAGCAGAGCAGCGGGCCGGCCUCCUUGCUGGAGGGGACCCGGCUGCACCCCGCACACAUCGCCCCCCUGGAGAGCACAGCGGCCUGGAGCAAAGAGAAGGAUAAACAGAAGGGACACCCCCUCUAGGAGUCCCGGGGGGGCCAGGGCCGGGGCCGCAGUAGGUAAAACAGCAAAACACUCCGCACUUCUUGAAAGAAAAGAGAGAGGAGGACGGGGCGACACACAGGAGACUGCACCGCAUGAGCAUAUUCUCCCCACCUCUCCGUGUAUAAAUAUUUACAUGUUCUGUCUGGUCUGAAUGCACAAGCUAAGAAAGCUUGCAAAAAAAAAAAAACCAUGUUUCUUUGUUGAGCUGUGUCUUGAAGGCAAAAGAGGAAAAAAAAAAUUCUACACUAGUCUUUUCUGUUUCUAGUUGAGCUGCGUGCGUGAAUGCUUACUUUCUUUUGUUUGUUUAUGAUGAUUUCACUUAACUUUAAAGACAUAUUUGCACAAAACCUUUGUUUAAAGAUCUGCAAUAUUAUAUAAAUAUAAAUAUAUAUAAAAUAAGAGAAACUGUA